AUGAACAUGCCCAGGGUUCCAGCUGCAGCGCGCGACCCGAAGUCCACCCGGCCGGCGACGGGCCAGCGGCGCCUCUCUCGAGAAGAAGAGCGCUUGCGCUAUCGCAGAGAAGUGCUCUGCCUGCCCGGACCUAUCGACGCAUGGAUCCAGGCGAACACGUCCAGCAGCACCUGCGCACGCGCACGCUCAGGCUCAGGCUCAGGCUCAGGCUCAGAUCCGCGCUGCCCACUCGCGGCCGAAGAGGUCUGCUGCAUGCUGCAGAUGCAGCGCACGAGGCCCCCCGCGCCCGCGGACGGCGGCGUGUUCGAGGAUCCCGAGACCUUCACCCUGUAUCUGGCGCUCGCGGGCCCGGCGGGGACGGGCGAUCACCCAAGCAUCGUCCGCAGCCGCAGGAUGGUCCUGCAGACCUACGAGGGAUGGCCCGAGAGUCUGGAUGCCCCCGACUGGGCGGCUUGGCGUCCCGGGCAGACGGUCGCGUUCCGGCAGCGGAGAGUCAAUGUCGCUGCGUUUUUGCGUGCUGCCGUACGCUCCGAGGAUAUCAUCGCGCCGCUCAUUGACGCUUUGGCAUUUUUUCACGUUUAA